AAAGAGAGCAUGUGUGAUAAUCCAAAGAAUUAUCAAACAUUAGGAUCGCAUCACAUGUUUACAUUUUUAACUCAUUAUGAUAAAUUCUGCGGGGACAAGGUAGCUCGACUUCACGGCUGACUAUGAGCAUCCACGGAUAUUUAUAAAACUGACCUGACCCAGUUGCACCAUGCCGAAUCUUAGUAACGGACGCGCGAAGGGUUUCCGCUGAGUUUUUGUGUGGCAGCUAGAGAAUAUUGACCCUUGGCCGCGCGUUGAGGUCACAAGGAGAAAAUAUCUUUGGGUUGAAACGCUAGAUAUCUUCGAUCGGACGUACUUCCACUUCGUCGAGUUCAUGAGGAUAAGCAAUGAAAUCAUAUUCGUAGGCUGUAAACAAGAAUUGAUUAUAGAUUUAAUGUAUCGCAUCUAGCGUCGGCAUCGCUUGGUCAGUACUGACCUACUUAACUAGUGGUCAGCCAGGAGGUGUAUCGCCAGCGACCUUGAUCUAUAAUGAUGGGAAAUUACCAUGAACAACUCUAAGAAAGGGACGUUAUUCAGAAUAGAUCUCAAAAACUCGAAUGAGUUCAUCGUAGCGAGAAGGACUAGUUUAAAAUUAGGCACUGUUUUCAAAAAUCUUUCGAGGAUGGAUAUGUGGUGUGUGACAAGUUAAUAGUUUAGGAUUCAAUUGUUUUCUCUUCAUGGACCUGAUUUUCAACCAAUGACGCAGGAGAAUGGGAGGAAAUGGAGGAGGUGGUGGGCGGAAGAGGGGCCGAUGUAAAUGGUUUAAUGUGGCCAAAGGAUGGGGCUUUGUUACCCCGGACGAUGGGACACAGGACGUGUUUGUUCAUCAAUCUGUUGUCCACAAAUCCGGAUUCAGAAGCCUAGAUGACGGAGAAGAAGUGGAAUUUGAAUGCAAACCUUCAGAUAAGGGCGUAGAAGCUACUUUUGUUUGUGGACCUUCAGGAACGGAAUGCAGAGGAAGUUCAAGAAGGCCGCUUUCUAGAAAGAAAUUCAGGAAAAUAAGGUGCUACAAUUGUGGUGAUUUUGGAAACCAUAUUGCUGCCAAAUGCCCACAUGGUCCUUUACCAAAGAGAUGCCAUAAUUGUAAAUCCACUGAACAUCUUAUUGCUGAUUGUCCUAUUCGAACACCCGAAAAACCACUUGUUCGAAACGGAAAUAAUGGUAAUAUCGGGCUCGGUGAUGGACAUAGUUCCGGAAUAGGAGGUCUGUGAAUUUUAAAACGUCAUUUGUUGUUAACUUCGUGGUGAAAAUAAGUUUUGUAACAAUGAUUUUAUCUGUGUGGAUUUAUUAUGUGUUUUUAAUUUGAUUCAAAUAUGAUUGAAAAUGCUGGAGCGAAACUAGAUGCAGCGGAUAUUUUACUUCAUUUUCCUUAUGAGCAAACCAUCUGCACCGUAUAUCUUAAUGUGAAACCACGACAAGUGUGUAGAAAGUCACCCGUACUUUUCGUGAGUACUAUCUGACAAGUUCUACCUUUGAGAAAUAGUGCUGAAAAGAUACAUUUUAAUAACGUAGUCAUAUUUUUGUACAUUGUUGCUGUUUUGUCACGUGAUCGAGUAUUACGUUAUGAUUUGUUGUGCAGUUUUUUGCUUUAUUACUUGUGUGUUUCACAUGAUGUAAGACUAUAUAGCAACCAUAUCUACCUCAACGGAGGAAUUUUUAAAACAUUUUUUUAUAAUUUUUCAUGUGUGUUUUCUGUGUUUUUAUCCGUAUUUCUUAAUCAUUUUAUAAGUAUCAAUCAAUGGGCGCUAAGAAAAAAACGUGCAGAAGAGUUACAAUAAUAAUAGAUAUUUUAUACAUUAUAUUUUCUUAAAACAUUACACUGAUGAAAAAGAGGAAAUACAAAUAAAAGAUGAAAGAGAUAAAGUUCAUAUACAAAAUUUAAAUGGCAGCUGUACCCUGUUUAAUUAUUGAAACACAAUUAAUUUAUUUAUGACUUGCCUAAAAGGUUUUUUAUAUAACUAAUGAAUGAAAUAGUUGUUUUUCAAUUAAACCUACUUUUGAAGCAAAAUUAUUACCGGAUUUUUAAAACUUAAUAUGGCUGUAUUGCAUAAUUAUACAUUGGACUAAACGGUAUUUAAAAUUAAUACUUAUAUUUUGUUGACAUCAUACAUUAAAAUUCUCCUUUGAGAUGCCUAACAGAGCUAUACGCGCAUUUUAUAAAAUUGUAUAACUUGUGAAAAAUUUGCUAUGUGAAUUUUCACAACUCAAUGAUUAAACAGUUGGUACUGGAGACUGAAAAAUUCAAGGUGACUUAAAACAUUUUUAUCAUUGGCGGGAAACAUCAUUUUUGUAUUUGGCGCGAAAUAUUUCUUUCUUUAUACUUUUCUUUUCUAUAUAUUGUGUUUGUAUCUGUAUUUAAUUUUUGCACUUUUGUUUAAAAUCUUUCUUGUUAAAUAAAACAUUCUCUAAGUUUUUAAUGAAAAUUAAGAAAGCUUUAAGGUAAUGUCAUAUAUUGAUAUGAUUUUUUUUAUAUAAGCAAUUUUUGAAAUAGAAAAGCCCUUCAUCAUUUACAAAAAUAAAAACACAGGCUUUGAAUAUUAAUACUCAAUGAUGAUGAAACAUAUGUCUUCUAGAGUUAUGAUAGUGGAUUUGUUCAUAUAUGUAUAAAACUGUUCUUGCCAAGAAGUAUUUCUAUUAUCUAAAUAAGUUAAGUUUGUUAUAUUUAGACAACGAAGCCUUAUAGUUGCACUUCUUUGAACACAGCUUUUAAAAAAUGAUCACAACGAAAAGCAGGGCGAAAUAACUUUGGUAGCCACCCUUGAUAAAAAUACUAGUAUUUAAAAAAGUAAUUGAUUAACAAAACAGCCAUGACUUCAAAUUUGAUGAAUAUUGCGUCCGUAAUAUAUGAAAAAUAUUACUGAAAAAUGAUACGGAAACUGCUAAUUAUCUGAAUGUUUGAAAAUUAAUUUUCUUGGUAAAUUUAGACUAUACAAUGUUUUUAUCCUAAAUGAUGGCGGCAAAAAAAAAUCUGCAUCAUCUAUAUACUGCAAUUAGAGACUUUGCUGAAACAAAAUCGUUAGCACUUGUUAAUGAAUACCACUCGAUGUUGUGUUUUAAAAAGGAGAGGUUUUAUGGGUGCUUUGAUACCAAAGAGUUUCAUUUAUACGCAAAUUUGAAUCAAAAAGAGAAUCAAAGUUUGUUUUUACUGGAUUCUGGUUACCGUUGAUAAUGACAAGUACUAUCAAUUUAAAGAUUUUCCAGGAGUAAAUAUUCAAACCCUAUGAACAUUACUUUAUUUAAUGUCAAAAAAUUUCCGCUGAGGGUUAUUGAGUUCUAUGUAGGAUUUCUUCUGUUAUGUUAUAUGAACCAGUCUUUAGAAUAUUGUCAACCAAUUUUGUUGUUUUAUUAUUUUUUUUUAUAUUGGUUUUAUUUUUCUCUGUUAAACUAUGAGUUGCUCCUGAUUGAUCAUAUGUUGUUACAGUGUCCCAUCCCAGUGAAUUGGGUAUGAAUGUGGAGGUUUUACCAGUGUUUUUUCUGUCAAAUUAAGCUCAUCCAUUCAGACAAAUACCUGACACCUUGAUUAUCACAUUUAAAAUUUGCAUUUCCCUCCCAAAAUUUUACCAAUUCGAAAAUAUAUAUCACAUUUGAUAUAUUCUUUUUGUAUCUGAUUUGGUAAUCAAUGAUAACUUUCAAAAAUAUUAUUUUGUGGUACUUUUAUAAAUAGAGGUUGCUUGCAUUUUUUGCGAUGUUUAGAAAACAAGACAAAUUUAACCAACGUUCUAAAACUGCUACACAAUUGUAUAUCCAGUGUGUUUUAAUACAUUUGAUUUUAUGAAUUAUAUGAAUUUGGUAAAUUCUGAAAGUCAUUAAAUGUUGAAUAAUUACAUAGAUAUUUGUACAAUUUUUAUAAAGAAAUGCUGUACUAUACAAACAUUAAGUAACUGAUGCGUCAUUUACUUAAAAGCCUUUUAAACUGGUAAUGUUUUUUUGUUUUCCCAAUGGUUUCUUCAAUGCAUUCUCAUUUCAUCGAUGUACCAGUCUGAUUUUUGUGGUAAAACCUUUACUAGUAGUUAUAUGUAGAAAAAUAUGGACAAGAAUAAAAUCUUAAACAAGCCUUUC